AUGUCGACUAUUAUGAGAACGCUGCGCAACUUGCGCCAAAUUGGCCUCAAGGAAUAUGGCCACCAGAUGCAGGUACGUGACACCAAGGCUGGUACCCUCGUCGGCAAGGACCGUUACGGCAACAAGUACUUUGAGAACCUCGAGGAUCUGCCCUUGAGAACAAGAUGGUGCGACUACAAGGACCAGGAGUUCAACCCUGACCAGAUCGAGCCCGGCUGGCACGCCUGGAUGUCAUACAUGGUCGACAAGCCUCCAUCCCAAGACCCCCUUCUUCAGAGACAGGUUCGUCCGUGGGAGCCUGCAGAGCACCGUCCCUGCUUGACCUGGAGCAGAAGUGCCUACAGACCUUUCAGCACUGUCAAGAACAAGUACCAGCCAUGGACCCCAGUUGCUGCUCCUAGAAAGUAA